AUGGUGCUGUACCCGGUGAUCGGGAAGCUGGUACACAAGCGCGUGGUGCUGGCCAGCGCCUCGCCACGCCGCCGGGAGAUCCUCAACCAAGCGGGUCUCAGGUUCGAAGUGGUCCCCUCCCGGUUUAAGGAGAAGCUGGACAAAAGCUCGUUCCCCACGCCUUAUGCGUACGCCAUUGAGACAGCCAAGCAGAAAGCGUUGGAGGUGGCGCACCGGAUGCACUCGAAGGACUCGCGGACUGCGGAUUUGGUCAUCGGCGCUGACACCAUUGUUACGAUCGCAGGCCUGAUCCUUGAGAAGCCGGUGGACAAGCAGGACGCCUACAGAAUGCUCUCGAGGUUAAGCGGAAAGGAACACAGCGUAUUCACGGGCGUUACCAUUGUCCACUGUUCCCGCGCAGGCCGUCAGCUCCAGACGGAAGUCUUAGAAUUCUACGAGGAGACAAGAGUCACAUUCUCGGAGCUGUCGGAGGAGAUGCUCUGGGCCUACAUUCACAGCGGAGAGCCCAUGGACAAGGCGGGCGGAUACGGCAUCCAGGCGCUGGGAGGCAUGCUUGUGGAGCACGUGCGUGGGGACUUCCUCAAUGUGGUGGGCUUCCCACUGAACCACUUCUGCAAGAAGUUGUCCCAGCUUUACUGCCCACCGACCCCCGAUGCCCACCAAGAGUCCAUCCCGGCCGUGGGCAGUGUCGAGAAGCUGAGAGACCCAGAGACCCUCACAGGACAGGCAAAUGCAGGCGAGGGUGUGCAGCAGACUGCCUGCAAUGGAACUGUGGAGUCCCAGCCCCCAUGUCCCUGGGGACUUCUGGAUCUCAUCCAUGGCUUCAAAGGAUCCAAGGUCCUUCUCACCGCGUGCAAGCUGAAGGUGUUUGACGUCCUCAAGGAUGGAGCGGUACUAUCGGCCGCAGAUGUUGCCGCCAAAAUCGAUGCGUCAGUGCACGGGACGGAGUGGCUGCUGGAAGGCUGUGCUGAGCUGGGGCUGCUGCUGAGAUGUGCACAAGGUUAUCGAAACACGGAGUUAGCCAGUGUCUUCCUGGCAUCGGAUGCUGAGUACAGCCUUCAGGGCUUCAUCACGCUCUGCAACAACCACACCUGGGACCUCUUCACACACCUGGAAACCGCUGUCCGAGAGGGCGGGGACCAACUCCGACUAUUAUCCGGGAGGCAGACGGAGGACUUGUUCAAGGACCCCGUCCUCAUUGGGAGCGAGGAGAUGCUACUACAGUGGAUGCGCGGUGCGCACGACCUCGCCAAGCUGAGCGCACAAGCCUUGGCCAAGGCUUUCGACUUGUCUCGCUUCAAGUCCGCCUGCCACCUGGGAGGCUGCACAGGGACCCUUGCCUACAGGCUUGCCCAGGCCUACCCGCACCUACAAGUGACCGUGUUCGACCUGCCAAAGGUCAUUGAGCUUGCCCCUAGCUUCCACCCCUGCGGAUGGCAGGCGGCCCAGGUCAGCUUCCUGGCAGGUGACAUUUUCCAAGACGGGCUUCCAGAAGCGGAACUGUACAUCCUUUCCAGAGAUCCUUACAGCUGGCCCGAUGACGUCCUGCAGCAAUUACUGAGCAAGGUGUCUGAGAUCUGCAAGCCAGGCUGCGCGCUCCUGAUUGCAGGACCUGUGCUGGAUGAGGAGAGGCAGACCACCCGGGCGCAGAUCCCCAUGUUGCUGCGGGCGCACAGCGGCGGGCGCACCACCCAAGGAUAUGAGCGCCUACUGCGCGCGCACGGCUUCCACGACGUGCGUGUUGUGCGCACCGGGGGCCUGCUGGACGCCGUCCUGGCCACAAGGUGA